AUGGCACUUUGCUACAAUCGUGCUAUCGAAGAGCCCGACAGACUAAACCAGUAUCCACCCUUUUCCCCUCAAGUCUAUGGGGAAACUUCCUUCGAAUUGAUCCAGCAAAUGGUCGAAAGUAUCCCCAUAAGCGGCGAGGACACCUUUAUCGAUCUUGGUAGCGGUGUUGGCCAGGUGGUUUUGCAGGUAGCCGCGUCCACUAAUGUCAAAUUCUCCUACGGAAUUGAAAAGGCUGAUUAUCCUGCCCAAUGUGCAGUCCGUAUGGACAGGGAAUUUCGAAGGUGGAUGGCUUUUUUUGGGAAAACUUAUCAACCAUACGAGUUAAUUCAGGGUGAUUUCCUUGCUGAUGAAUAUGUGGAUAUUAUCGAGACAUCGACAAUCGUAUUCGCCAAUAAUUUUGCCUUUGGUCCGGAGUUGGACUACCAAUUGACUCUUCGGUUCUCCCGCCUCUGUGAGGGGGCUAGAGUCAUCUCUUCAAAGUCCUUUUGUGGACGUACCAUUCGCAUGUCUGAUCGCAGGCUUGGAGAUCUGAGCUCCAUCAUAAAGCUGACUCUACUAGAUCCCGUUAACGACGGUGUCUCUUGGACAGAUAAGCCUUUCAGCUACUAUGUCCACACUAUAGAUCGGUCUCCGUUACUUAAAUACUUCAAUGACCUCAAAAAGGGUCAGCGAGGACAUAGGACGAAGGAGCGCAAGUCAGCCAGUUCUGCGUCAACCCCUUCUGCCACCAACUCCACGUCCAAUUCCAGUGAUGGCUCACAGGCUGGAAGCGCAACGCCCUCAGUGUGUGGCAGUGAACAGCCUCACACUCCGCAGUCGCAGCGUUCAACCAACGCUGCCGAGGCUCGUGGCGGCCGCAAGCGCCGACGACGAGCUGGCUGCCGCCAGGGUGGUAGCAAGGCAAAGCGAUGCACCGUGCGCGAGGCUGAUGCGAAGCCUAACAUCUCCUUCUCGUCCUCCUCUGCUUCCACGAUUGCAGAGCAUGAUGGAGACGAUGGCGACAACGAGUCUACCAUGGACUCGGUGCAGCCGGCACCACCGCCCUCUCCGUCUCCUCCCCCUCUUCCCGCCUUGCUCAAAACCGAGGAAACUGACGAGUUCAGUGGUGACACCUCUCGUAUGACCUCCCAUUCCGAUCAGUGUCUCCCGCAACCGUUGGGUGACCUCCCCACUUCACCAUCCUCAGCAUCACCGUCUACCUCUUUAUGUUCACAUUCGGAUUGCACCUCCGCUGACUCCGACUUCAAGGUCAAAUUGGAGCCGAAGACGGAGCUUUCACUGCCUUCCACCUCUUCUUGGUCGUCCCUCCACGGGGCUAUCCUAGAGAAGAAUCCUCACCACCACCAAUUUGGCUGCUCGACGUCAUCGGCUCUGCGGCACCAUCCCAAGCUGACGAAACGGAUGCUUCUCAAACAGGUUGGUCGAAUGCGACGUCCAGUGUAUGCGAAGGGGUUGCUAGAUAAGGCGAUAAACCUUGAGAAGGAGCGUCAGAAUCGGUUGAUGGGCCAUGUCAUCAGGCUGGAGGAGACGAUAAAAUUGAUGCAUGAAGAGGGGAGGCAGCAGCUCGCGGCUUUCACGAACAAGCUCGGAAUGCUAGUCACUACCCCGGCCACCUUCUUCUUGGAAGCGCGUAAAAUUAUCCGACAUCAUCGCAACCUCGAGGCGAAAAUGGUGGAACUGCGCGAGGAGUUGGCCCGACUGGCUGAUUUCCAACGUCAGAUGGCGAUGAAGACGCAGUCGAAUUGCGAGCACCUCGAGCCCGAGGAAGAGGAGGAGGAGGAGGCUGAUGUCGAAGCCAUCUAUCGACCGCCGAUUGCGAAGCGCCCUCACUAUCCUCCUCAACUCUUUCCCGAGACGGAGGUGACGGUGCUAACUCCGCCAACCCUCUUACCGACGGAGGAGGACAUACCACCGCCACAACUUAUUGCUCCGGCGAUAGCCCCGCCACGACUUACACCGAUCCCGUGCGUGCAUAGUGAGGGCACACCGCCACCACCAUCUCCUCACGCUGAUGAUGAAGUCUGCGAUUUCACCACUGAAGUCCUUCCACCGCUCUACCGCCGUCGUUACUACUCCCUCGAUGCUGUGAGGUUUGGGGAGCUGCAAGCACGCCUGCGGCAGGCGACGUCCAGCAGCAACACUCCACAGCCAAACGUCGCCUAUUUUGCUGCGCAUCACCUGCUGGGCAUCAAUUGGUCGGCUCAAGGUCGCCGAGGGGCUAACAUGGAGGACACUGACAGAGCCUUACCUGAAGGCGCUAAAACACCCCCGAAUGAACCAUCUUUCGAGAUAAUUGAUCUUCAGGAACUCUUCCCCAGCAAUACGCCUUCCAUGAAAGCGGAAGUUUUGAACGAAGACUUGUCAUCGAUUCCCUCCACUUCUUUAAGCAAAACACACGAGCAAGUGGAUUCAGCACCAAUGGGCAUAGAAGAUCAGCUUUAUAGUAAUUACUUGAGUGGAGCAAUUUCUUUUGAUGAGCUUAUGAAAGAACUUCACGCAAAGACCAAUUUGGAUCGGACGGGUAGCAACUCUAAAAAGGCCGCUCGACGUCGUCCGCGUCCUCCUCCCAGAAACCAACGCGCAAAAUCCGGAAGUGAAUUUAAAGACCCACUUUACGAACCCGAAAGCGAUUUCGGUGAUGAAAGACUUAGAAGAUCACGAAAGAGUAAACAAUCGGCUCCCCGGAAGAAGUGGGACCUUAAAUUAGAAUUAGCAAAUUAUUUGGGGGAAGCGGAAAGACACUUAAAUAACGGGAAUUUUGACAAGACUGAAGAGAUUUGCCGAAACAUCAUCAACGCCGCUCCACAUGCCUCUGCCCCCUACGUCGUUCUGGCCGACAUGUUUUACAGGCAGGACCGCAGAAAGGAUUCUCAAGAGCACAUGCUGCAAGCAGCGGAGCGUAAUCCUCGAGACUCUGCAUUGUGGAUGAAUUUGGUUGAUUUUUCCGAGGACGAGGGCGACCUGAAACAGGCCAUUGUCUACGCUCGAAAUGCAAUGCGAUCUGCGCGGAAUGAUUCAGAGAUUCGCCACCGGCUGGUGAGUCUCCUGAUGGCGACGGGUCAAGAAAAGGAGGCUCUUCGGGUGCGACUUACGGCUCUUCUCUUUGGCAAAAAUAAUGAUCCCCGUAAGGCCUACAAUCAGAUUGUCAAAAUCGCUGAGGAGUUCGCUGCUCUUGGUGACCCAGGUGGUUGUAUUCGAACCUAUGAGUUGGCUUUUGAAAAGCUUCCUGAGAUAUGUCCUACCAAGGAUCAGCUCCGUGUGCUUGACCUCUUUCAAGAGGGUGAUCGACCUGAAGAGGCUUUUAAGUUCUUCCUCAUGUACUGGGGCGUCUCCCUCAUUUGCGAGAAUGGACAAGUUGCCUCACCAUAUCGCGUGCCUUCCAACACUGCCAUUAUGGAGUCAAUUCGGCGAUGUGAAUUUGCAGAAGAUAUGAAUGUGGUUGUACUAAUCCGUUUCUUCAUCCUCAUGUUGAAGUACAACCUGGGAUCAGUUGAUCACCUGAAUUCUCUGAUCGCCUCCUCCUCCACCAAGGAGUUUCGUCGAAGUCACGGUCUCUUCUUCGACCUGGCUAAGUCCUGCAAAUCUGCUGGUCUCAUCUCCGAGGGACUGGCCAUUGCAGGACGUCUCACUACUACGCCUAAAAUCAAGCCCAAUCCCAAAGCACUGUGCCUUCUCGGCGACCUGCAAGUGGAAUCGAACCUACAUGAAGAAGCCCUCUCUACUUACCGCCAUAUCAUCAACCGACUCGAUCCACGGUGUACUGAGGCGCGUUUGGCGUUGGGGAAUCUUCUUCGUCGUCUAGGGGACGAAAAAACUGCUCUAGAAGUCCUUGAACCUUCCCUACUCCGUAUCAGUCAGCCAGAUGCUCAAGAAACUGGAGUGGAAGCGGAAGUCGGAGACAAUUCCACUGAAGAUGAGGACGAUGAUGACGACGAUGAGGGUGACGACAGUGAAACCUCCAACAGUGACCGCUUCUCUGAUUCGGUGGAAGAAGAGGAUGAGGAGAGUGGGGGGGACAAUUCUGAAGCAGUGGAGGCCGAGGCGUUGACAUCAGCGGUGGUGAGUGGCGGGUUCGUAACUUCACCAAUGCUCUGCAAUGAUCCCACCGCUAUGCGACUGGCUUUUGAGCGCUGCAAACUCCUUGAUUCGCCUGCUACUGUGAAUCAAUUUUUGGAGGAGGCAUGCCGUCUCCUCUUCUCUGAUGUGAUGCAGAUCUACUCCUGUGAACGACCUGGACCCGCAGUGAUGUUCCAGUACUACCUGUCGAAACACCCUUCCGUGCAAGCACUAGCCCAUCUGGACGAACAGACGGACCCAGCUUUGCGUGUCUCAUCGGAGGACCUGUGGGCGACUUGCUGCUGCCGAGUGAUUGAGAUUCUGAUUAAACGAGCCGACUAUGUCACUUUGGAUCGAUUUCUCUCCUGGGCCUCUGUGCUGCCUUGGAUUGUGGAAACGUCUUAUCGACGGCGUAUGAUCACCCACCUCUACAUCAGCAAUGCGCUUCAAGUUGGACAUGGGGAGACUGCUAUGGAGGCGAUGAGGCAGAUUGAAAAGGAGUUUUCCCAUCUGAAUCAGUACUGGAACCUCCUCAAUAUUGCCUCGACGACUUCUCGAGAGCUUCGACUCACGAGAUUCCUUCUUCGACGAAUUGCUAAGGAUAGGGACAAUCUUGGCGCUUCACUGAUGAGUUGUGGCGACUGUAUGGCAAGGGGAUCGAGUCGCUACUCCAUAGCUCUCAUGGCUGACAUCCGAUCUCGAUUCCCCAACAACCCUCUUGUCUCCCUCCUACUCGCCGUCUGCUUUCUCAACAUCUCCGUCCACAAGCACCUCUUCUCCCGUCACAAAACAGUCCUUCAGUGCCUUGGAUUCUUAGGGGAGUACCGCCAGCUGCGUGGAGAAUGUCAAGAGACCUACUUUAAUAUUGCUCGAGCUUGCCAUCAGUGCAUGCUGGGACACAUUGCUAUUCCCUACUACGAAAAGGUUCUUGAGAUGGAACCGGUUGGUUCAACGGAGGAAGAAAAGCGGGUCGUUGAAGAUUUGGGUAAAGUAGUGCGGCAUUGUUUCGUCUCGGUGUCUGGGGCAAUAUCCGCGUCUACAAAGGCCGAGAAGAGAUUUUGGGGGGCGAGUACGGAGGAUCUGGAGGGUUCGCUGGUGUUACAGCUCCUUGACUUGAGGAUGGAGGCAGCGUACAAUCUGCAGUUGCUCUACCAGCAGAACAAGAACCCGACAAUGGCGAGGUACAUUAUGCAGAAGUACCUCGUGAUUGAGUGA